UAAGCAUGUGGGCCUGUCUGUGAUUAAGAGUGCACACUGAAUUGACAAUUUACAUGCUCAGUCUCAACACAGAUAAUUUGCCACAUAGACAAACAUUUUCAGGCGUGACUGAACAAAAUGUAGGACACACUGAACAUGUUAAUGGACAUAAUAAACUGGAUGCCUGCCGUGGAUAGGAAGUGCUGGGAAACACAGUCGCUACAGAUGGAGUCACUGUGCAAGUCGAAGGCAGAAAGACUUCAAACCGGGCACCAGAGCAGGCUCCUGCGGCUGGAAUCCACGUCUGUACUCCCACAAACAUCCAACUCUUCAUUAGGACUAUCCGCUGUGAGAAACCUGGGAACUUAAAAGGAUUAGGGACACCGCACAGAAUCCGCGGGUAUGGAUUAUGACACGCAGAAAUCCUCUCUGCGCAAGCGCACCAGGACGUCUCCUCCCUCUACCUGAGAGGAGCGCACCUGGAUCCAACGAGACGGAAGUUUUGUGAAGUACAAAUCCUUUUUUUUUUGUUUUCACGGAAAACAAGACUUCUUUGGAGUUGGUGAAACAAAAGAGGGGUCUCCGAUCAAAGAAGAGAGGAUGCCAUUCGUUGGGUUUUACAACAGUUUGAAGAGGCUUUCUAACAUGAAUCUGUAGUUCAGCGGCUCAUAUGCUGAAACUCAGUCUAAAACCAGCCUGCCUCUCCAUUCAAGAAGAAUGACAGCUCUCCGCAGAGUGCUCCGAAGGCGACUGCACCCACUUAAACUGGUGAUAGUGGCCCUUGUCUUUGUCACAUUUGUGUUCUUCAUACAAUGGGAAGUGGGGAGCCAAAGUCCAGAGGAGGACCCGUGGCUGAAGGAGAUUGCAGUGAAGCGGGAUGCCAUGCUGGGCAUGGUGAUGGGAGCAGUCAAUAACUUCAGGGAUGCAAUGCCAAAGAUGCAGAUCAGAGCCCCUGUACGUCAGCAGGACAAUGCAGAGAGCAUGUCCUGUCUGCCGGGUCACUACACUGCUGCUGAGCUCAGGCCAGCCCUGGAGCGACCACCUCAGAACCCUCUUGCUCCUGGAGCCGCUGGGAAGCCCUUCAACACAGACUCACUGAGCCCCGUGGAGCAGAAAGAAAAGGAGAAGGGUGAAGAGAAACACUGCUUUAACCUCUAUGCCAGCGACCGCAUCUCCUUGAGCAGAGACCUGGGUGCAGACACAAGACCACCAGAAUGUAUUGAGCAAACCUUCAAGCGAUGCCCCCCUUUGCCGACCACCAGCGUGAUAAUUGUGUUUCACAAUGAGGCUUGGAGCACUCUGCUAAGGACAGUGUACAGUGUUCUCCACACCUCCCCUGCCAUUCUCCUCAAGGAGAUCAUCCUUGUGGACGACGCCAGCGUAGAUGACGUGUUAAAGGAUGAGCUGGAUGAGUAUUUGAAGCAGCUGAGCAUUGUUCGAGUUGUCCGCCAACGAGAAAGGAAAGGACUCAUCACUGCUCGGCUGCUGGGUGCCUCUGUGGCCACCGGUGAUACACUCACCUUUCUAGACGCCCACUGUGAAUGUUUUAAUGGAUGGCUGGAACCUCUGCUGGCCAGGAUAGCAGAGAACUCCACUGCAGUAGUCAGUCCUGAUAUAACUACUAUUGAUCUCAAUACCUUUGAGUUCAUGAAACCGUCCCCAUACGGCCAGAACCACAACCGAGGCAACUUUGACUGGGGCUUGUCGUUUGGCUGGGAGAGCCUCCCAGAUCAUGAGAAACAAAGGAGGAGGGAUGAAACAUACCCUAUAAAGACUCCCACUUUUGCUGGUGGGCUCUUCUCCAUCUCAAAGGAAUAUUUCUACCAUAUUGGAAGCUAUGAUGAGGAAAUGGAAAUCUGGGGCGGUGAGAAUAUUGAAAUGUCUUUCAGGGUGUGGCAGUGCGGGGGACAGCUGGAGAUAAUCCCUUGCUCUAUUGUCGGCCAUGUUUUCCGCACUAAGAGCCCCCACACCUUCCCCAAGGGCACGCAAGUGAUUGUUCGUAACCAGGUACGGCUGGCCGAGGUCUGGAUGGACGACUACAAGGAGAUUUUCUACCGUCGUAAUCAGCAAGCUGCACAAAUGGCCAAAGAUAGGACCUUUGGAGAUAUCUCUAAACGCAUGGACCUCCGUGCGCGGCUGCAGUGCAAGAGCUUCUCCUGGUAUUUGAAGAACGUCUAUCCAGAGGUCUUCUUGCCUGAUCUCAACCCAUUCCGCUUUGGCUCAGUGAAAAAUGUGGGCAAAGACUCAUGUCUGGAUGCUGGAGAGAACAAUGAGGGGGGGAAACAGCUGAUCAUGUACCCAUGUCAUGGACAGGGAGGAAACCAGUAUUUUGAGUACUCCACACAUCAUGAGAUUAGACACAAUAUUCAGAAGGAGCUGUGUUUGCACGGGGCAGAGGGGGCUGUGAAGCUGGAGGACUGCCAGUAUAAAGGCAGGAACACAUUUGUAGGAGCAGAACAAAAAUGGGAAUUGAAGGAUAACCAGUUAUUCUUCAUCCCAGGAUGGAACAUGUGUCUGAGUGCCCGUCAUGAGCAUCCCUCUCUGGCCCUCUGCAACCCCUCAGACAGAUACCAGCUCUGGUCCUUCGUCUGAGUGUGCAAACUACCAUUUUAUACUAUACUGUAUGCAGUUAACAUGCAGGGGUUUUAGGUUACUGACUACAUUGAGUUUUAAUUUAUUUUUAUACAUAGAAGAACUGAACUGCUGCUGCUGGAAAGUUUGGACGUUGGGAGAAACCACAGUGUGCCACUGCUGGAAGGAAGCAUUGAAACUAUGCUCCCAGUCAGACUGUGAACUGAGAUUCUUGGAACAAUGAAGAUGCACUGUGUUGGCAAGUGCCUCUUUUGUGUUUGAGGUGUUUUCACUACUCCUAGUCUACACAACCAAUGCUUGCAGUAUUAAGUAUUCAAAAACAAAAUUGAAUAUUUUCCAGUGAGACAUAAAUCUAAAACAAAACAAAUCAGUGAAAAUCGUACUUAACAUAUCAAUCAUGGACAUUAUAAAGAGGUUCAAUCCCAAAUGUUGUGCACCAAAGAGACUGUAAGUGAAAACCUGAAACACAAGUAUGAUAUGCAUCGUCCUUUAAAAUAUUUUUUUUAUAAUGCAAGACUUCUUAUUUGGCUCCGUCCAGUGCCUUGGAUGUAAUUUUAUUCUAGCUGGGAAAAGCGGUGGGGUUAUGCUAGUGGAAUGGGUGGUGGUGUGUUGGGGUUGUUGCAGUUUUCUGUUGAUGCAGAAUAGCAGCCUUUACAGUGUUGCAACCUUCAGAUUAGGGUUAUAGUUAAUACACUUUUAUUUAAGUAAGUUCUGGGAGUAAUUUUUUUUCUUCAAACUCUUCAGACCAGAAAACUUUUGCAGUACAAAGGUUUUAUAUUUCCUACAGCGACAUUAAGAAUGAAGAUUGAUCAUUUUAAAAACUAGUUUGGAUGUAUAUGUCAAGCAUGAAUUACAUACAAUUAAUUGGAACACCAGACAUAAAGUGUUUGUUUCAAAUUCUUAUGACAGUAGUGGAAGUGACAGCAUUAUUGAAGAUUAAAAUGCAUUUUUUUUACCUACAGUUCAUUCUUUAUGAGCAACAUAAAUGCAGUAUGAUUUGUACGACUCUUCAAAUCUCUUAAUUGCUGCGGUCUUUACCAACAUUAUAAAAAGAUGAUGUUUUGGUGUUUGUCAAAAGGGAACUUUUCAUGUAAAAUGGAUACACCCAAGGGACUCUAUUUAUUGAUCAAAAGCAUUUGCAGUGAGGUGUCUAAAAAGCUCCCUCUACAUCUAAACAGGAGUUCAAUAAUGCUUUUCUGGUGCAGGCACUAGUGUUUAGAUCACAGUGGAAUAUUGUAAAUGACUUUAUGUUUGUGACUAGAACAGAUCGAAUGUGUGUGUUUGCCUGAAAUGGAAAUGGUCUUGUGUUAAGAGUGCCUUGGUAUUAAGAUGUCUUAUUUUGAGUUCAAUAAAUGCAGUUGGUUAGUGCUGA